AUGUUGGACAUCACUAACGAGAUGAGAAGUCUUACCCUUUUUGAGACAAGACGGGAGCAGGAACUACAGGAGAGUCUGGGGAAGAUUUGUAAUCAAGAAGAGAUUUACUGGAAACAAAGAUCUCAGAUGCAGUGGUUACAGGAGGGGGAUGAAAACACAAAGUUCUUCUAUGCAGUGGCAAAUGGGCGCAAGAAUCGGAACUUCAUUCUAAGGAUUAUGAUUAACGACGAUUCUCUCAUGGAUCCCAAAGAUAUUGGCAAAAUUUUUAUGGAGAAAUUCAAACAACUUUUCAGGCACAAACGUGACUUCCGUUUCAAGAUUGAUUUUUCAAAGCGUUUAGAAAAGAAAGUGUCGAUUGAUCGGACUUCUUUGGAUCGACCUUUCACUUUAAAGGAAAUUAAAAGGGCCAUUUUUUUAUCUUGGUGGGGACAAAGUGCCAGUCUUACCAAGGUUAUAAAUCUUCUUUUUGAUAAUGCCCAAUCGUCAUUCUUAAAAGUUAGAUGUAUCCUUGACAACAUCGCCAUUGCUGAAGAGUUACUCUUUAGUAUUCAUAAGCGUCAUCUGCCGGGUCACAUACUGAAAGUUGACUUUGUUAAGGCCUUUGAUGCGGUGGACUGGGACUUUCUGGUGGAUCUUCAGGAGGCUAGGGGUUUCGGGGAACGAUGGGUGGGGUGGAUCAAGAUAAUUUUGUUUUCCUCCAAGGUGUCCAUUCUUGUCAAUGGUUCUCCGAACGGCUACAUUCGUUAUCAAAGGGGGCUAAGACAAGGUGACCCAUUAUCACUUAUAAUGUUUGUUCUGGUCAUGGAUGUUCACACAUGCGCUAUAGUCCAAAAUCUUGGGGGGUGUUCCACUUGGGGAGUUUCUUAG